AUGAACCCAUCCGCAGCAUUCCCCAAGGCCGCGGCUCUCCCCGCGCGCCUGCUGCGGACGCAGCAAUGUUCCGCGCAGGCGAGCAUCUGCUCUUCCGGGCAGAAACGAGGUUACCAUGCGCCUGUGUCUGCUUCUCCUGCUAGACGUCUGCGGGAAAGUGUCUAUAAGAAGAAGAACCCCGUUGGUCCGUCGGUCAGGAUCUUCCACACUACUUCCCCUCUGUCGGCAAUCCCGGAUCCCUACAAAGUUCUCGGUGUCGACAAAGGUGCAUCCGCCGGUGACAUCAAGAAAGCCUACUAUGGAAUGGCCAAGAAAUAUCACCCCGAUACCAAUAAGGACCCGGAUGCGAAAAAUAAAUUCACCGAAGCUCAGUCAGCUUACGACUUGCUCUCCGAUGCCAAGAAGCGCGAGAACUACGAUCGAUACGGCUCAGCUGCGUUCGAUCAAAACGGCGGCUUCGAUCCAAACGCCGGCGGCCACCCUUUCGCCGGUGCAGGCGGCUUCCAUGGUUUCGGUGGUGGAUUUGGUGGAGGUGGAGGCGGAUUUGGAGGACAAGGGUUCGGCGACAUCAACUUCGAAGAUCUGUUCGGUGCGUUUGCCGGCGGUGCUCGUCGUGGCCCCCGCGGCCGGCGCAACCCGUUCCAGGAGCAGAUAUUCGUGGGUGAGGACAUCGAGGUGCAGAGCAGCAUCUCUUUUAUGGAUGCCGCCAAGGGUACAUCUACGGAGAUUGUCAUUACACCUUUGGUACAGUGCGGUACCUGUAAAGGGGACGGCAUGAAAGAGGGCACGAAGAAAUCCCAGUGCCGAACUUGCAAUGGUACUGGAACUCGGGUUCAUGUCAUGCAGGGUGGUUUCCAGGUUGCCGCGACGUGCGAUGCCUGCGGUGGUGCUGGUAUGACCGUGCCCCGCGGGUCCGAGUGUGGUUCCUGCCGCGGAAACGGUGUGGUUCGAGAAAAGAAGACUAUUAAGGUGGACAUUCCAGCGGGGGUUGAAGACGGCAUGCGCAUGAGAGUAACCGGAGAAGGCGAUGCGCCCCCUACUGGAACCGCCGCCCCAUCUGGAGUCCGCACUCAGAAGGGUGACCUCUAUGUCACGAUUCGAGUCGCUCCUGAUUCCCGAUUCACCCGUAACGGAUCCGACGUUCUUUACACAUCCACUAUUCCCCUCACCACCGCCCUGCUUGGCGGUGAAGUGACCAUCCCGACUCUUGACAGCGAAGUCAAGGUCAAGGUGGCCACUGGUACCGGCACUGGUGAUCGGAUCACUUUGUCUGGAAUGGGUAUGAAGAAGCUUGGUGGUCGCGGACGCUUUAGCCCCACGGGUGACUUGAAGGUCGAAUUCAAGGUCGCCAUGCCUAAGUACCUGACUGGCAACCAGCGGACAAUCUUGGAGGUUCUUGCUGAUGAGAUGGGCGACAAGACCGCCCGUCGAACAAUGAACUUUACCAAGGACAGCCCUCCAAGUUCCGAUUCUAGCAGUGACAGCCACAAGAAUGAGGGUUUCCUCAAGUCUGUCUGGCACAAGCUGACCGACAAGAACGGCGACUCUUCCAAGCCCGAGGCGAAGGAUUCCAAGAACACCAAGAACGCUGGCAAGGAUAAGGGUGACGCCAGCAAGGAGUCCAAGAAACCCUAA